AUGGCAGUUUCUAGAAUAAUUGCACUCCUCGUGGCGGCGUGCAUCCUAGCAUCCGCGGCAGCCCGCUCUCCAACCGCCGCACCGUCACCGGCUCACGCUCCUAAGAAGGUCACGCCUCCGCCUCCCGCAGCCGUCAAAGCACCUCCUCCGCCGCGCCAUGCAGAAGUCUCACCAACUCCAUCCGUUGCCUUGCCGCCGUCGCCGAGUUUGGCUCCACAGCCGUCUCAAAAUGGCGCCGCUGUAAGCAGAUUAGGGUUCGUAGCCGCAGCCACCGGUUUCUUAGCCGUUGCAAUUAUGGCAUAG